CUCAAGUAACCCAGCUUGGUUAGACUGGCCUCCAUAUCAUAGCCAAUCAUACGAAUGUACCUAUGUUUCUUCAGAUAUGUUUAAAGUCCUUAAACCCUUACCAUCAACCGAUGGCCCUGUAAUUAGGUGUUACAACAUAGAAUUAGUAGUAAAGGAGUUGGCUCCUGAUGGAUAUACACGUUUAGUAUGGACUGUUAAUGGCCAAUAUCCUGCCCCGAUAAUUCAAGCAAACUAUGGAGACAGACUUCUCGUCAACGUAACCAAUAAAUUUGGACAUCCAUCUUCUGUCCAUUGGCAUGGUAUAUUUCAAAACCGUACAAACUUUUAUGACGGAGUUGCAGGUAUAACACAAUGUGCGAUUCCCAAUGGCAAUGUUUAUUCAUACUUUGUACGAAUAAAUAAUAAUCAAGGCACCUAUUGGUAUCAUUCCCAUAUCCUGGGUCAAAUUACUGAUGGUCUCAGAGGACCAUUAAUAGUUCAUUAUCCCAACGACCCCUACCUCGAAAAAUACGAUUUCGAAUACGUAAUGACAUUGUCGGAUUGGUACCACACACCAUCCGGUGUUCUCCUUCCACUCUUUCGUGAUGAUAACUAUAGAGGAUUUGAUCCUCUUCCUGAUUCCGGUGAAAUUAGUGGCUUUGGACAAUAUGAUUGCAACGCCGCCCCUGAAAAUUCAACGUGUAAUCCAAACAACAAGAUCGCUACUUAUGUUGUUAAAUCGGGUAAAAAAUACAGAUUUAGAUUAAUAAACAUGAGCACUUUAACUCACUUCAUACUUUCAAUUGAUAAUCACCCACUUACGCUUUUUGAAGUUGAUGGUGAAUUAAUAAAACCAGUCACUCUAAACACUAUUCCAAUUAGCAUUGGGCAACGAUAUUCUGUAAUUCUUAAUGCUAAUAAACGAGUAGAUAGUUAUCAGAUUCGCGCAAAAAUGUCGAUUUGCACACCGAUCAAUAAUCGAACUAUAAAUUAUGAUACUGCAUUAACUUAUAAUGUAAUGGGAAUUUUGAAAUAUGAAGGGGCUAAAACUAAACUUCCAACUUCGAAGGAUUAUAUUUAUAAUGUUUCAGAGGAGUGUAGAGACAUUGAUCCAAAUACUUUAAAGUCAUAUUACAUAAGAAAAUUGCCUCAAACUAUUAUUGCCAGAAUUAACUUAAUAGUUUCUUUUGGCAAGAUAGCAUUGACAGGAAAAAGUGUUGCUUUAAUAAACAAUUCAAGUUUUGUACCUAACUUUAAUUAUCCAACAAAUCAAAGAAUUAUUGAAGGUGUAAACCCGUAUAAUCUUCCACAAUAUGAUAACGCUUAUGUCUAUGAAUGCAACACUACAAAAUGUGAUGAUGCGGCCGUUGAACUUUAUAUUAUUAAUAAUAAUACUGAUCCUCACCCGUUCCAUUUGGUAUUUCAAACUGGCCUCGAAAUACCACACAAAUCAAAUUUUAAUUUGAUUGAUCCUUCUUAUCGUGAUGUAGUAACAGUUUUAGCAAAUAGUACUACAGUGAUUCGCUACCUUGCAAACAACCCUGGUGUAUGGUCUUUCCACUGCCAUAUACAAUGGCAUUUGGACGCGGGUAUGCAUGUUCAAUUAAUUGAAGAACCAUCGUUACUAAAGAAUAUUAGUAUCCCAAGUGAUGUCACUGCGCUUUGUUUAAGCGAUAAUAAAUAA